UUUUACGGCAGUCACUGCGCUUGUGACCGAAAUACAGUACAGAUUACGUUUAGGGCAGAAACGUUUGCUGGGGUUCCAGCGCUCGUGGUAUUAUGUGAGGAACAGCCAAUCUUGGAGACGCUUUGGACGACAGUCAACUAGUUUCCCUCUGCCUCACUGCAUAAAAACUGACAAGAAGUGCAACGGCAGCUCUGGUCGUCCCGCUAUGAAUCCUGUGCUGAGGCACAGAAUCCCGGCCUGCGUGAGGUCACUGCUGACUGACAUCGAGCCGCAAGGAGCACACCAGUGUUGGCGGGACGAGGAUGAUGAGGCUGAAGCAACUCCUGUGACCAGAGAUGGUAUUGCAAUCCCUGGGAGAGGGACCUCCAAGCCUGGGGAAGUGCUGGCCCCAGCCAGCGAGAUACAGGAAGGUGUCAGUGCAUGUGGGGGUCCAGGGAUGCAGGGUAGAGUGUGUGGACUGUGUUUAUCCAAGCCCCAACAGUACACCUGCCCCAGGUGUAACGUGCCCUACUGCAGUCUGGCCUGCUACAGCAGCCCCGCUCAUUCGGGUUGCUCUGAGGAGUUCUACAAGGAGUCCGUGUUCCAGGAGUUGAGAAGUAUGGCAGCGACGGAAGUGGAAGGGAGGAGGCAGAUGCAGGACAUCCUGAUGAGGCUGAGGGAGAGGGGAGAGAAGGAUGAAGAAGGGAUGGAGAAUAUCCUGAGGCAGCUGGAGGAGGAAGGAAAUGGUGGAGUAGAACAAAGCCAAGAAGCUCUGGAGCUCCUCUCAAGGCUGGCUGAAAUUCAGUCUUCAGGAGUGGAGGACCAAGGGGAGAUUGAAGCUGUCUUGGCUAAACUCAAGGAGAUUGGGGGAGAUGAUGUAGGAGACACAGCUGUAGGUACAGAUGAGGACAGGGGUGAGGGUGAAGAGGAGGAUUUAGCAGAGAGGUUGUCUGGACUGGAUCUGGACACCCUCUCAGAGGAACAGCUGUGGGCUCUGUUGCCUAAGCAGGAUAAGGAGAAGUUUGAAGCCAUGAUCAGGGAGGGCGCUAUAGCUGGGCUCGUGCCUUUGUGGAGGCCCUGGUGGGAGACACACGAUGGGGCGAAUUGGGCACGGAUAGAGGUUCUAGGAGAUGGUCAGGAGGGACAGAGAGAGGAGGUGAGUAUGAGUAAGGGUAAUUGCACAGUAAGAGAAGGAGAGACUCCCGGAGGACAAGUGCUUCCAAAAAGGAGAAGAAAGGAGAAGACCAGUGGUGGACAGAAGGUAAAACAGGAGGAUAAAAAUGAGGGUGUGGGGGGAUGUUCUCCGCAAUCCUUUGCUGACAAGGAGCAAAAGGGGGCAGAGAUCAAUGUCAUGGAGAAGAGCAAAACGGAGGAAGCAGCAGGACAUCAUGAGAGAACACCUUUAUUUAAACAGGGCCAUGAGAAGAAAUGUAAACCCAAAAAGGAGAAUGUGGGUAGAGGACUGGAUUCAUGGGCUGCUGUGCCUCCUGUGAGCAUGAAAAUACGUUCUCUCCACUCGCUGUCCCCCAGUGCCUCCCCCUUGGUGCGCUACAGCCUGGUCAACGUGCUCUACGGCUAUGCCUUUUCCCUGCGCCUCUUCAACGGCGACCUCUCGGAACCCCACCUGAUCCAGGACUUCUGCCAAGUCGCAGUCUCCGUCUCCGAGUCCCUCGGAUCCAAUCGGGUAUUCGGUACCCUCCAGGAGGCUCUCGAGGGAGGUGCUGCAGCUAUAAUGGCAAGCAGGUGCGGUGGUCAAGGAGACCCUAGGGCUCCAACCUGGACAAUGGAAGCUGUAGCCCACAUCUUGACAGGGAAGAGCAGGAAUGAUCAGACUGGGUUUUCCCUGGCCGCACUGUCCCAGCUGCGUGGGGCUCUCAACAAGGCCAGAGGAGACCUGUCCAGGGAAGGCGAAGAGGGACAAACCAGACACAAGUACUUCUUGGCAGCAAAGAAAUGUGAGUUUUUGCAGGCUUGGGUCAAAGAGAACAAUCUGGAAGUGAGAGCUUUGGCCAGAACAGUGUGGGUGGAGCUUGAGGAGAGAGAGCGGGAGCGAGAGGCUCUGGAGAAGGAGGAGAGAGAGGUGAGGAAUAGCCUGCAGAAGUGUGGAGGACUAAGGAAGGGACCGAUGGUUGAGGAGAUGGAUUAAGUGCUGACUGUUAU